ACAGUGACAUUUAUCCUACCGAAUAUAGGUUAUGUUGAAACAUUUUUUGUAUUCGUUACAAUUUUUAAAAGUUUUUUAUUGAAUUAAUUCGAAAAAUAUAAUUCUCAAACCAUGGCUGGUCCCAAAAAGAAGCCUAGGCAGCCCUCGAAUUCAGAUUCCGACGAAUCCAGCAACGAUGAAAGCGAUAAUGGUACUUACAAUGGUCAAAAAGAAAUCCAAGCUACCUUCGAGGGUAGAAAUCCCGAAGGACCAGAUUUUCACGGAAUAAAGCAAUUACUGAAUCAACUAUUCCUUAAAGCUCACAUAGAUAUCUCCCAAAUGAGCGAUUUACUUAUUGCACAACAUGGCGUAGGAUCUGUCUUGAAACAAAGUUAUAACGACAGUGAUGACGAAGAUGAGGAUGUUGAGAUGAGCGAUGAAAGAGACGUGUUUGGUAUUACGAGCGUAAUAAACUUAACCCUACAACGGGAAACACCUUGCGUGCAGCAAUUUUACUCGCUUUUGGAAGAACUGUCUAAGAAGCACGCUGAUGAAGCGACGCAAUUAGCUAUCAGUAAAAUCGUUAAGGAAUCCAAUAAGUUGGGAUUCUUAAUAAACGAAAGAUUCGUGAACAUACCUGCACAAAUAUCUGUUCCGCUAUUAAAUUCUUUAAGCGAGGAAAUCGACAGGUUGAAGAAGAAGGAGCCAACUUACGAUUUUGAUUAUUUUAUUAUGAUUAGUAAAAUAUGCAAAUCAAAGGAUAAUACUGAAAUAAUUUACACAAAUGAUGAAGAAGAAUUAUUCACUGCAGAUGCAGAUGUUAGUUUUGAAUUUAACGUUUCUAAUGAAUCUGACACUGGUCUUGGAGGAAGAUGGUUGGCGGAAGACAAACAAGUUACACCGUAUAGAAAAGUGCUAGUUUUUAAAGCUGAAAAAUUGAAGAAUAUUAUCACUAAAAUUGCUGCUUUUGUACAAACAUAGAUUACCUCUUUUUUAAUGUUUGCCUCGUUUUAUAAUAAAUAUUGCAAAAAUUUCCA